AGUUGUUGGACACCUCCUGGCAGUUGGAGCCGGUGUUCAAAUUGACUUACUUGUUUAUUCGAGAAGAUGAAGAGGAUGUCUCCGUAGUUUCUGCUGGAACAAGGACCCAAGUACUAAUGCACUUGUGAAAAAUAAGAAGUGCUCCUGUCUGAGAGAGUACUUCGUCGACGAACUAGAUCUAAGUACGAUAACUAUUCGCACAAGCUGCCUAGUGCUAGUCCAAAAUGCAGGAUCCCAACGUCCCUGGCGGUGGUCCGCCGCCGCCGCCACCUCCAGACAGAGGUGCUGCCGCUGCUGCUGUACCAAAAGCAGGAGUAUCCACUAGUACAUAUGCUGCCUUCAAUGGUGGAGGUUUAGGCGGGUCUGUCUCCAACGGAGGCAGUAUGGCAGGAGCAGGAGGCUCGUCUUCUACAACUGGUGCAACCAGCCAGGAUGGAGGACACCAACAGCAACAGAAGAGCUCCAGCGCCAAUGAUUCCAGUGACCGCAAAGAGCAGGACUUCUAUGAUGUGUUGCAGGUGGACAAAGCGGCUACGCCAGACGUGAUCAAGAAGAGUUAUCGAAAACUCGUGAUCAAAUGGCAUCCCGAUAAGCAUCCGGCAGACAGGGAAACGGCAGAUGAAAAGAUUCGCAUGAUCAACAAUGCCUACGAAACUCUGAGUAAUCCAGCGAAGAAGCAAGCCUACGAUGAGCAGAUGGCUGCGCUGGAGCGGAAGAAGAAUGGAAUACAACUCCCGACAAGUUCAAUUGCACCGAGGAUGGCGAUACCGAAAGAGUUUAUGCUGUGUCCAUUGGCCUCAGGGUGCUCGCAAAAGUUCGUGCGCUAUCAGGGGAGCAAUCUUUUUGUGCAGAGCAGGUAUUUUUCUACUUAAGAUUUCUUGUAUUUUCAGAGGAGGACAAAAACGACCUCUCCAAAUCCAAUGACAGAACAGCUAUGAGAGCCAGAGGUGGAAGUUGCUCUAGAAGACUAAACUUUAGAUAUUCGCACUUCUCGCUCUCCUUACUUGAUGUCCUGAUGAAAGUAAAACAAUAAUCUGAAAAGAAUAUUAAGAAAGUUGUACUAAUACUUAUGUACAACAAACCUCAGGGAAGACGAUUCCAAGUGCGAAUUUAUGCCCUUUUUUGAGAAGACGCGUUUCAACCUCUACUGGUUGCCAGAAGUGAACAACAUGUGUCGGAUAAGGCCAGCCGCAACUGCUCAAGUAGGAUCCGCAGGAGGCAUGAAUAUCACCUUUGGCGAGCUAAAGGAAGGGGAGUCGGAGCUUCAUCUCUCAGCAGCAGCUGCAGGAAACCAAGCACAACCGAAUAUUAUGGUGACAUGCUGUCGUGAUCAACGCCAGUAGUCUACUUGUGUUUUCAUUUUAUGUUCUAGAAGUGCAUGAUUGGACUUCUUAGUCUUAGAGCAAUAGAAAGGUAAAUCUAAAUUGUAGAAGAAGAUUAUCUCGCUCAACACCAGCUUUAUCAUCUACUUCGCCUCGACGUCCGUCUUCCUCUAAUGUUGGCAGUCAGAUAAACUUUAUCGCCGUUCCAUCUCCGACAAUGACGAACGCUUUCCGUUUUGAGGCUGCUUACUUUCCUGGUGCCUAUUUGGCAUUUAAGGAACCGAACCACUUGCGAGUGAUCACGCAGAUUGACGACGCUGCAAAGACUAGCAUCGAUUUCUCCCUCGUGAAAUACGACACCAUGUUUAAGUACGUGACCAUGGAGGAGGUGUUGGUGCCAAGUAUGAUUGAGCUUUCCUCCUCAGGCUCGGGCGCAGUGGAUAGCAAUGGGUACGUCAGCCUCGACAGAUUGCGAAGCCACGAGAGUGUCAUACUCUACUUCCGAAAUAUCCUGGGUACGCAGCCGUGGGACGCAGAAGACUUCGAGACCUAUUUCGACGCACAUUGGCAGCAAUGGUACUAUUAUCUGACCACUUUGCUCGUUCAUGGACGUACUAGGGGGCGCAGUGUGAUCGCUCUCUUCGCUAUUAUUUUGGGGCGGCUCGGGCCCUGCGCGCAGAGCCCCGCGGUGUCAGAUGUUCCCGGGGAACCCUCGGGUGGCUGUCCCGGAGUUGCCUAUCGCUAUCCCUAUGUGCAGGCGCCCGAAGCUUCGGCCGUACCGCCCAGCAGUGAGCAGGCACGCGACACAGAGAGGCGCCUUUGGGGGGGGCAGUUCUUAGCGUCUGCGUUUCUUGGCUCGCAGUCUUAAGGCGUCGGAGCUGAUAAAAGGCAGGCGCAGUAGCAGCGGAGGGAGCACGAUCCGCGGAACAAGUAGCCGCCCCAUGCGUCGCGGCCUUUUUUCUAGCAGCUAGCGCGUGAGGUCGAUACUUUUGAAAAGUAGCCGCUGCGGUUUUUUGCUCUCCGGCCGAUGGUGAACAGGUGGUCGUGCCCUACAGCGUGAUGGGAUUUGGCCAGCUGCUGGCUCUUCCUGCGGCGGCAUCAUUUGCUCAGGCAUGCAGCCGAGUCGGCCGGGGCUGCUUGGGAGGUUUGAAAAUAUCGCCUGGCGGGGAUUGUAUCCACUACCUCCUAACGGCUGAAGACGGUAGCCGAGGCGUUGGGGUCUCUGCUCACAAAUCGACUAGCCCAAACGUCCAGGAUAUCACGUUUUCGCCUGACGUUGACCCCAGAGCGUGCCGCUGCGAUGGAAGUGGCAUGGGAAGGAAAGAGGUCGAAGGCUUGCUGACAAGAACGACGCGCCUUCUGCGGACUUCUUUCGCGUUGUCUGCGAUCGAUGAGUGAGGUGCCCACUAUUGGGGAAAGAGAGCCGGCAGCCGCAGACAUUACCCGGAUGCGUCUCCUUACGGAUUUGGUGCGAGCGAUCUGCGACGCGGUGGCCGUAGCCACGCACCUCGAGACUCCCAAACACAGCGCGUCUCUUUCUGCGGGCGUUUUCUCUAGACAGUAACGACGAGAAGCCGCUGCCGGGUGGAGAGGGAGAAGCUCGCUGCCGGAUGCAAUUCAGGCAGCCACAUAUGCCCUGGCCACGAAGAAGGAGCGCCAAGGUGGGAGCUUCCCACUCCAGGGCCUCAAUGUGCCCGCGAGCGCUUCUUCUCUGUGAGUGUUCAAGAACGACGCGCCUUGGAAACACUUCGACGCGCCAGCUAGAUGCGUCCGGGCGGAGUGGUUUGCUAUCUUUCUAGUGCUGACGUUGAAGACCGAAGAGAGGCCGGCAGCGGCAAGGCUUGGAGGGAAAUAAUAGGGGGGAGGCUGCUCAAUCGGACGGAACCGAAAGCGCCUUCCCCUUCGUCGACACUAGCAGCGCGCCCCACUCGAGAGGCGUCCGGCCUUUCGUCGCAGACAGGUUCCUUCUCAGCAGGGCUGACGCGUUUACUGGUUUGGGAAGGUGGCUGGAGAGCCGAGCGAAGGCGCUAACUUCUUCGACGUUGCCGCUGCGGCUAACCUUCCUCACUUCACUUGGCUCGAAGCUUCUGACUGCUUGGAAGCCGGCUGAGGGGGGAGAUUUGGCUGAUUUUUUUGCCCGAGGUAAGGCAGCCAGGAACCCAGUCAAGAGCUUCACGCUUUCGGCUUUUGGCUGACGGGGCCGCCAGGCUGCCUACUGCGACCCCAGGGCCUGCCUGCCUCUUAAGUGGGGACUCGCGUCGGACUUUCUUCUUGUCCCAAUCAAGCCAGACGCGUAUGCUCGAGCAACUAGCGACCCUCUCGCUUUUUUGUCUUCAAUGGCGAGCGACUCAGCCGCCCAGUCAGUGGGACGCCCCUGCAAGGAACGGGCCGGGGCUUGUUUGCGAGCCUGCGGCGUUGGUUUUUAUCUCUGGCUGCCCACACGGUCAGCCUUCUUCUGUUCAAAAUAAACAAGCGGAAGCGAGGGGGGCUGAAGCCUGCUGACUGCAAGCGGGAGCCGUCGUCUGAGGAGCGGAAGCGGGUUGCUGGCGGGUGCGUCUUGGUCGCCAACUGUGCUAAGGAGCUCUUUCCUGAGCCUGCUCUUCGGUAACAAAGCUGACAGCAGCCCGGGCCGUGACUGAAGGGCGGGGCGUCACACCGGGAGCCCGCCGCUGUGAGGUAUGACAACGCGCCGCCUGUGCGACUGACGGGGCGCGGGGGUGAGAAUGGUGGGCAUGAGGCUGCGCUGGUGUCUGUGUGGGCUGUUUGUAUGUCCGCGGCCACUCGGGUUGCAUUCUAUCGAAGCUCGCGAGAGUGCUGCGCUUAGCACUUAGCGCAGUCCACCUUGUAGGAGACGACUCGGCAGAAAUUCGCACGGAAGAAGUUGGGGGCUGCGCGCGCCUGUAGUGUGCGUCAGAAGUCGGACCUACGUGCGUGGUGCGCCUGGGGGCCGUUUGUCUGCGGUCGCUCGGCAUGGGUUAGAUGCUUGCGGGCUCUUCUGUAUAUAUGCCUUGGAUGGCUGGAUAGGCGUAGGGGCCUCGGCUUGAAUCGCGGCAGCUAGUUGCGGCGGGGGUGUGCUUCCUUAUGGUGUUGGCAGCGCCUUCACUCUGGCCGUGGUAGGUCGAUCGAAUUGCGGAGGUUCGUCCUCGCCCAAAGUAUGAUGGUGGCGCCCGCGCUCUCACUUUCUGGCGGCAAAGAAUCGCGCCCGCGAGCAUGGGAGGGGUGCCACCUAGUUGGGGGGCCUUUCGCUACCGGCUGAAAGCGUCCGCGCCGCAGCGCCGUGGGCGAUCGGUAUGGCAAUCAAUGUGCCAGCCAAUGACGUGGCUGGCGCUGCUUUCUUCGUCUCUCUUCUCUCGUUGCCCUUGCCGUCUUGCCUUUGCGCUGGACUGUGGAAACCCACUCUGGCACUCACUCUGUUCGAAGUCUGAGGCGAGACGGUGACACGCUGCUGAUAUUGCUGCUGCCGACCGAGGUGGCGCCCGCGAAGUUCACGGCGUGGCUUUUUUAUGGCUCAGCUCUAGGCGACUCGGAAGGAACGCAAGCCAGCGGGGCGGAGCCAAUCGCGGGCGGGGGCGUCGUGUCUUCGAGAAGACAGAGAGAGGGCCGGGCGCUUUUCUGUUCUUUUUAGCUUGUUACUCUGUGCUUCGCGUGAGGUCGUCGAGCGACAGCAGCAGCCAGCCCCCUACUUGCUUCGUGGUUCAUUGCGUUCUGGCUUCGCCUGUUGCUGUUCGCUGUAGAAUUUAACUAAUACCAUGAGAAAUAAGAGGGACGCCUAAAAACGUUUCAGCUUCUUACAAUAUAAAUAUUUCUGGUUCUCUCUCAGGUAUUAUUCUGGUGGAAAAGUUAAGCUCAGAACACGCGACGAGCAAUUGGCCCACAGCUUGAGGAAGGCAAAGAAGGGGACUGAUCUGGCGGCCCCAAUAGCUGAGGCAGAUCCCAAGGCGCUUGAAAAAUUGCAUCUCGAAACGGUGGAGCGCGUUCUCAUGGUACUACACGUACAUCUAAAACUAAGUAAAUCUAUUGUUUUUUUUGUCAAUAGAGGAAAUCGACCUCGACUUCUAAAACGACUACAACUACAAGGAGCACCGAAAGAAUUAGUUAUUACGUAUCAGAGCCUGAGUCAGAAACAGAAUAUGAUCUAAAUUUACAUCACCGUCUUCACCCCUUCACCUCCUUCAGGUCCUAUGGCGUGACAACAGUGGCGCUUCGAUCCAAUAUGCAGUCGACAAGAUGACAGCUCAGAAAAAGCUCCUACAAGCUGUUCCAGGCAUUAUUGAGGCCUCUUCCGUGGAUUCUCUAGGCCUACAUCGCUUGGUGACGCUUGAUUUGCUGGUAAAUUCCAUCGAAGACCGAUCGCUGCAUGCUUUGAAGCUGGAACUCCGCAAGCAUUUUGCGCAACUCUUCGCUAGAAAGGCAGAAGAAGUAGUGUUUGGAAGUAGAACAACAUCUGGGGCCUCCACGACCGAACAAGUGCUAGGAACACAAGAAGCCGAAGUAGCAAGAAAAGUCUGGCGGAUAUCGACUAUUGAGGAGCUAGAAGUGGUCCUGACACUACCGUUGGACGUGAAGUCCGUGGACCCCUUGUUAGCUGCGGAUGCUUCUCAUGUCCAAGACGGAUUGGAAGGUGGUCCAAUAUCACCCUUGAUAGCAGACAAGUUGCUAGACAACAGUAGUACAGAGAAGCUAAAGGCUUUGCUCAAGAUCGCGCGGAAUCUAGAGAUGCCCAUGUUUUCACAAACGCUGGCACGUACUCUACUUUUCGCAAAGUUGCCGAAGGAAACGCUGUCACAGAAGAAGCGAGAUAUACUCCUGUGUGUGGCGGAUGUAUUAACGCUAAAUUCUUGAUUUCAAGCUUGAGGAAAAUGUAAAUGAAAUUUCUGACGGAUGAAUGAUCCACUAUUACCAAGAAGUACUAUAAUCCGUAUCCAUCCUGAAAAAUCCUUACGCUUUGUAAAUGUUGAUGUGUGAAAAAAAUAGCCGUUUCUUCGUCUCCACAUCUUCACAGUUGCCCGGUCUCGCGGAGGGCGCCGUCAUCGAGUUAGGGAAAGCGGAGCUUCACAAGGACGAUUUCGCAGAAGUUUUGGGUUGCAAGAACAUCGCUAGCGCAAUUGACCGAUCUGCAGAAGACGUGCAUAAGACGAUAACCCAAGAAAUAUCGCCCUAUUUGACGCCGGCGUUAGAUGCACUGACAGCCUUAGGUCUCGCAUGUGCCAGAAGUAUCAAGGUAGCAGCCGCGUGCCUGUUGGACGUGCUGAAAGCGAGCCCGAUGCACAUCAAAUCGCUGAACGUGAAGCAAGACGAACUGGCGCAAUUUUUCUUUGGUACCUCGACAACUACCUAGUAUCUUCGUGUGAUCCUAAAAAUCGGUCCACUGGUGGAUCUUCAAUUUAUUUCUGAUUUUUUACCUAGUACUCAGUACCAAAGCAAUGCCUUUUAAACACUUAUUCCAAAAGCAAAUCAUUUCCAUCAACAUCCUCCAAAUCAACACAGUUGUCGCCAAGGCUUAUCAGCUCUACCGAGAAAGAGCGGACGAGGAGGGCUUGGAGGCGGGGCCUUUGCGCAAGCAAGUACUGAAUGUGGCGGAUCUCGUACUGCAAAAAGCAAAAAUUGAAGAGUCAGGGGAGCUUAGCACUGGGUAUAUUUUGCUCUGGAGAUUCCGAAGAUCAUCUUCCUUGAUACCAAAGCCAAUCAAUCAAAAAUUCGUCGACGUAAGUAGUUAAAAAGUUGUAACUAUGUAUGUACUCAUGGUGCAUUAUCAUUAAAAAUCAGUAAACACAAACAAUCAUUAAAGUUAAACGAAGCUGAAACCUCUCGGUCUCAUGAUCCGUCAAGAACAAUCAGGACCCUUUUCAUUCUCUCUUCCCCCAUUCCUUCCGACACAGUUCCCUGGUGAAGCUUCUCUUCUCCUCAGCAUCGGUUGUGACGGACGUAGCGUUUGACGAUAUACCUUUGUCCGCUUUCCGCUUCUUCGAAUCCGCCAAUGAGGAUCUACCGAGUCGCAUUAGCGGAAUGCCUCUAUCGCAAUUGCUCUGCUACACGGAAGGCUUGUUGUGCAAGAGCAUCAAUUUCCAGAUGCGGUUGAUGUUUGCGGGUGAAUUUGCGCAAUUGAUAGCUUUUUGGGAACAGAUGCUGUUGUCGCCGUCGAGUUCGUCGUUGGAUGCGAAAGAAAGGGAGAGACGGAAACGAGAAGCGAAUGGACCUAUUCAAGGAACUUUAUGAAUUUCGGCUCAUCAAUCACAUUCAUCUCAUACUCAUUCUCAUGGAAGUUCACCUUCUCAUCACAUGAUUCUCAUACUCUUACUCAUUCUCAUGGAACAAGUUCACCUUCACCCACUGGUAUACAAUGUGAAAGUAAAAGUUUUCGACCAAUAACGACAAAUAAAUUGUGUUGACCUGCCUGAUGAGGUUUCUUCCACCCCUUCUCUAAUCUCCACUAUCUCUUCUCGCAACGGCACGAUCAAGAUCAUCCCUGGCAAGGUCAUUCCUGGCGUGAAGAAGGACAAAAAAGAGGACGAAGAAGUCGAAGAUGAGGUAACCAAGAAACGCCUAGAGAUGGAAAGGAGACAAAACCAACUCUCACUGAAGCAACUUGUUUCCCUAGGUCGAGUCGUCGGCGACUUCAUCCGCGAAGACCAUCAGGGAGAACAAGAAGAACGAGACGCGGCAAUCUUAGGCGGUGGAAAUUUGUCUGAUAACGAAGGAGGUGAAGACGACCAAGGUCUUGGUAGAUCUACGUCAGCCAAGGUGAGUGCUGUUCCAGACGAGGCUUAUGAAAGCUACAAGUCCUUUUGGGAUGCCCUGACGACACGAGUCUUGAGAAGGCUUUCCAGGAAGAAUCUCGACUUGCUAACUCGCGUAGAAACCAUCGACUUCUUGCAAUCAGCAUUGCAGCCAUGGCCAGUGACGUGUCGCGAAAAACUAGAACGACGAGUCCAACAACUAAAUCAACCUGGUGGAGGUGGUUCUAGCUCUAGUUAUGACAGAGGCGAUCGGAGCGCAAGAAACCGAGAUGGAGAUGAUGAUGUUGACGAGAAAGACACUCUAGUGAGACCAAGAGAUCAUACGUCCGGACGAAGUGACGGACCAUUGCGAAUCGGUGGUGGUAGAGGAGGAUACAACUAUUCAUCGAGAGGUGGCUACGGAUAUGGAGGUAGCAACUACGGUCGUCGGGGAGAUAGAGAUAGGGAGACGAAGGAUAGGGAUAGGGAAACGAAGGACAGGGAACGCGACAGGGAAACGAAGGACAGGGAACGCGACAGGGAAACGAAGGACAGAGAACGAGAAAGGGAACGAGAGAAGCAAGAUAGGGAGAGCACUGCUACACCGGCCAACGCCUCUAUCCGAGGGAACCGUGAAGACCGACACGCGGAAAGAGACCGUGCCCGCGAGCGCGACAGAACCGACCGCGACGAAGCAGGUAGGGAUAGAGAACGAGAUCGCGAGCGUGAGCGUGGCCGGGCUCGAGAUCGAGAGAGAGCUAGGGCAGAGGAAGCUCUCUCGUCUAAAGGGGUUGAUGUUCUUAAUAGUCUCCCUCAGGCGGGCCAAAAUGCUCCUGCGCAAGAAGAUCAUGAAGUUGACAUGGAUCUCGAAGAAGUGGAUAUGGACGUCGAGCGGGAGGAAACUAGAGACCGCGAACGACGUGGCAGAGAUAGAGAACGUGCUAGGAGACGCGAAAAAGAAGAACUGCCAGAAGAAACUCACAAGAACUUCUGUGAUAGACGAGGACACGACGAGACCGAACUAGCUGUACAAGAUGAAGAUGUUGAGCUACUAGAGGAACCUCCGAGGAAGAAACGUCGUGACCGUGAUCGGGAACGCGAUAGAGAGCGAGAUAGAGGUAGACGACGCGAUGAAUAAAGAACGACUCACGUUUCGAUGCGCUUCGAAAUAGUAGUUCUAAAUCAUGACAAGGAGAAGUAAGCUAGCUGCUCUUCCUCCUCUGCCUCUUUAUUUGCUCAACUUUCCGUAACACCAACAGACACCUCCCCGGUGUGGAAAUUCUUCUGGUCAUCCCAUCAAAUAAGCAUCCUCUACUUACACUCAUCGAAAAUGCCAGCUUCGACCGGAAAAUGUAAAUCCAUUCUUUUCUCAAGACAUUUUGAUUUUCACCUUUGAAAUAAUCCUGUAACAAGUGAAUCCGAAAAAACAGCUGAAAGUGGAACCGAAUAUAAGCAACAAUAAGAAAAUCGAACGGAAGAACUACCGAGUUACUAGUAGUUGGUUCUGGAUCGCUGAAACUUCAUCUUCAUAGUGGAAGAGACGGACUGAUCAAAGAUAGAGCUACAUCUCCA